AUGCCGCUUCGUGGAACUCCAAGCGCCCCUAAAUUUGAUGGAAGUGCACGAGACCUAAUUCGGUACUUUGAAGAUGUCAGUCAACUUGCCAACGCCGCGAACCUUACUCCAGCACAAGCGAUCAAAGCAUGUCUCCGUUACAUCCACAGAGACGAUGCAGGAACUUGGGAAACGUUAGAAGAAACAGGCAAGGCCGACUUUGACAAAUUUGUUGACGCGGUCAAAACCCUGUAUCCGGGUUGUGAAAGUGACAAACAGUAUAUGAGAGCUGACCUUGAGUUCUUGGUAAACGCACAAACGGCCAAGCCUAUGCAGUUGCAGGAUGAUGUGGGAGCGUAUUUGCGGCAGUUCUGCCGCGUCUCUACCUUUUUGAUCAAAAAGAAAUGCCUUGCAGAGAACGAGCACGACCGUUUGUUUUUGGAAGGAUUCCAUCCUGACAUUCAAACCCGCAUCCGACGUCGAUUGGAGAUUAAGGAGCCCGACCUACACCCUGACGAUGCAUAUACUCAAGCAUCUGUGUUGGAAGCGGCGCUCUUUCUUCUUCAAGGAUCGACGCCGCUCCAAGCGCAAUCCAUAUCGCCUUCACCGAACCCAGCUGCCCAACCAGUACAACGUACCUUUGCGCCGUCCACGCCUCCACCCGCAUCGCCCAGCAUUGUUGUUAAACAAGAAUACGUCCUAAGCGAAUCACGACCACCACCAAUCUGCUAUUUCUGCGGCCGCACUGGUCACACGACUAAAAUGUGUAGGGAUAUAGACACAUAUAUGGCAUCAGGAAAAGUCGCUCAGACUAGUGAAGGUCGGGUCGUGUUGGCUGACGGAUCGAGAAUCCCCACAGUUUCAGGAACGACGAUGAAAGACCAAGUAGACAUCAUUGUGACGGAACGCCGUCUACGCGAGGUAUCAUCGCAUGCAGUAGCAGGGCUAUUCGUUUGUUCAGGGCCAGAAAUUGACAUCGAACUCGACAUAGAAUCUUCCGCCUUCCUGCAGACACAGACUACGAAUGAAGACAAAGGUGAAGAAGACCCAGAUGUCACCAUGGUUCACUUCAAAACCCCUGCCUCGCCUAACACUAGUGUGCCUGCAAGCAACUCAAAGUCAUUUGAUGAAAUAGUAUCCCCGCAAGUGAAGGACGCUAAUGAACAAGCAAAGCCGCAUGUCACACAGGUACCAAGGAUAACAGCCGCCCCAAACGCGCAAUAUUCGCAUUACUUUCUGCUUGAAGACCCGACUGCAAGAAAGCGCGUCCUAGACAGUGUCAUGCAGACGACAGUGCCAAUACCCAUUCAAGAUAUCCUGUCGAUCGCACCAGAGCUUCGGAAGCAAUUUAAGGAUCAGACGACGACCUGA